AUGGCGGAUUCCGUUGACUCGGCGCUGAAGUCCCCACCAGCCACUACGUCCGCACCAGCGCAGCCCCCAUCCGUGGUCGACAAUACCCCCUCGCAAAAGACCCAAAACCUCCCCAUCCGCGAGUCCAAGAGCGCAAAGAUCCCCGCACCGUCGGACAGUCAAUCUGGCAAGAAUAAAGAUGGCCCCAACCCCGCUGCAGCUGGUUCCGAUGCCGCUGGUGCUGCUGGUGCAGAAAAGCCCCUCACGCCCGCGGAGCUGAAAAAGAAAGCCAAGGCAGAGAAAGCUGCUCGGCGCGUGAGGGAAAAGCUUGCCAAAGAAUCUGGCGGAGCUGGUGCUGCAGGCGGCUCAGCUUCUGGACCUAGUCAAAGCCGUCCUCCGGCGACGCCGAAAAAGGAUGCUGCUGGAGGAGGUGCAUCGCAGAAAGGGCAGAAGGCCGCGCAGCCCCGCCGUGGAUCUGCUCCUUCUGGCCAGGCUGCUGGCGACGAGCCGACGAAAAAGGAGGAUAAGAGUGUUGCUGUUUUCGGACAUCUUUAUGGACAGCCGCGUCGGACGACUAUUGCUGGUGCUGGCAAGGAAGUCCACUCCGCUGUGCUAGCUUUGGGGUUACAGUUGCGGGACUACGUUGUAUGCGGCAGCAGUGCUCGCUGCGUGGCAACCCUGUUGGCCUUCAAGCGGGUCAUCGAAUCCUAUACCACCCCCCUCGGCACCUCGCUCUCUCGUCAUUUGACAACACACCUUUCUCACCAGAUCACCUACCUCUCGACGUGUCGACCUCUCUCUAUCAGUCAGGGUAAUGCCAUUCGUGCGUUGAAGCUGGCUAUCGCUUCUACCGACCCCUCAACCCCCGAACUCUCUGCCAAGGCCACACUCUGCGAAUUCAUCGACAACUUCAUCCGGGAGAAAAUCACUGUGGCCGAUCAAGUCAUUGCUGGAAGCGCCGCUCAGAAGGUCCAGGAUGGCGAUGUCAUUGUUACAUUUGCCGGCAGCUCCAUUGUAAAGCAGACCCUUCUCACAGCACACAAGCAAGGCAAGCGGUUCCGUGUCUCAAUCAUCGACUCGCGACCGCUUUUCGAAGGCAAGAAUCUUGCCCGCGCUCUCGCCAAUGCUGGCUUGGAUGUGCAAUACUCUCUCGUUCACGGUAUCAGCCACGCGAUCAAGGAUGCCACGAAGGUUUUCCUCGGUGCACACGCUAUGACCAGUAACGGCCGCCUUUACUCUCGUGUCGGAACCGCGCUGGUUGCCAUGUCCGCCAAGGAACGUGCGGGAGGCGUCGAGGUGCCCGUCAUCGUGUGCUGCGAGACAGUCAAGUUCACCGACCGUGUUGCCCUGGACAGUAUCGUUGUCAAUGAGAUCGCCGAUGCCGAUGAGCUGGUCUCGGCCCAGCCUCCACAGCAAGUCACUGGCUUGGUCGAUCCAGUAACUCCCGCAAAGCCCGACAACAAGCAAGGCGGCAAAGGCGCGUCCAGCGCGCCGAAACCCGACCCUGCUGCCUCCUCCCUCAACUCAACUCCUUCACCUCUCCACCACUGGAAAGACAAUCCUAACCUCCAACUACUCAACAUCAUGUACGAUGUCACGCCUGCCGAGUACGUGGACAUGGUGGUUACCGAAAUGGGCAGCCUGCCUCCUAGCGCGGUCCCCAUUGUCCACCGGAUGAGUACGAACCUGUGA